AUGCUUUGCGCCCUGCAUAAUUACGACCUGGCCACCCUUGGAUGGGACCGACUCUUGGGCCACGCGACCGUUCGUGCAGCCACAAGCUCGCUGCUCGACUCACGGCUAGCCGCCAUGCACGGAGAACCAUCGGCUCCUUGGCCUAUCACGCCCAAUGGCUUCCAUGACCCCGGUGCACUUCUGCCGCCCUGUGGUGCAGAGCGGGCCGUCGCACGUCGAAGUCAUCCCGCGUCGAUCGUGCAGCUUGAUGCGGCCCCAUCCAUGUCCGCAUCGUCACAAGGCCAACGUCCUGUCUCUGAGGGUGUGCGGUAUCCGGCUUCCCCACCGCCCAGUGUGCGCAACGGCUUGCAGAGCAAGUCCACGAUCAACAGUCAGCCGUUAUUGCAACAUAUAUACCAGUACGCACCGACGCACAUCUGA